UAUUAGUAGUAUUGUGUGUACAUAUACAUCAUCAUACAUGUACAUGUACAUGUAUCUUUCGAUCAUAGGCGCAGGCGUACGUUGAUCACUACAAAUUGAUACAGAUUUAUGCUGAUUUAGUUGCCACCGAAGAAAAGCCAACAGCACAGUGAACCUCUCCAAAAACACAGAAAUUGUGUUGGCCUUGUCACAGGAUCCCUGCAGUAUUCUCCUGUGAGGGGUCAAGUUGUGAAGUGGUGAGGAUGUCGUGGUUGUUUGGGUCGUCCAAGAGCAACCUGCCCCCUAUCACCCCAUUGCAGGAACAGCGCAGCAAACAGAUCGAGUCACUCAAAAAUCUCAAUCCAAACGUGGUCGAAUUGAAGAGGGACGUUGAGUACAGGGUCACAUUCAGCACUGGUACAGGUGCAACUAACAUUGCACUGCACAUAACCUUACCACCCCAGUUUCCUCAGGAGAAGCCUCUUGUGAAGGUGUCACCUCCGCUAAGGCAUCCAUGGGUCAGCAACACAUUGACAGUCGUCGGAUGCCCCGGUCUGAAUAAUUUUGGGGUCCACACCGACUUGGGUCGCGUCAUUCAGAGUAUCAUACAAGAGAUGAGGACAAACCAACCGUUUGUGUUCACAGCAGACCCAGUGCAGGUCAACGCAGGCACCAUGUAUCAACCCUACACACCCUCUACGGCCCUGUCCCCAUCUUCUCAAUACCCGGUAGCCAGUCAGCCGCCUGCGCCCGGGUACAGAUCCACACCUGCCAGUCUACCCCAGACUGGUAUCCUGCUGCAGGGGAACCAGCCGCCGGCAGCGUCAUUAGUGGCCACCCAGAGCUCUCAUCUACCAGGUGCUACAGCAUCAGCUACCCAGAAUACUGAAGGAAGAAUUCCUAACCGCAUUGACACUCUAGACCAUCUUGGCAUUGAGCCAGUGGUCUUGCCGUCAGGAUUAGACAGCAUGGGCACGAGGCGGUACAGCAUGCCCUCUAUCCCCCUCUCCUUGAAGGACAACUUGUCAGGUCUGAGCUCCGCCCAGCUGCAGGAGAUUCUGGACAGCGAGGAGGCGGAGUUGAAGGUGUUCAGCGACCUGCCCCAGGUCAAGCGAUUGCUUGCCGAGAGGCAUGAGCUAUAUGACCAUUGUGAGCAGCUGGCUCAGGCCAACGUUAGUUACCAGCCUGAACUGGAGAAACUGAAAAACAGCUUGAGAGAGAGACUAAAGGAGAGGAAUAAUUUCAGGAAUCGCUUUGACAUGAACUGUCUCAACCAGCAGCGCAUCAAUGAGCAAUUUGACCUGCAACUGACCCUGGAUCAUCUGAGGGUGGCUGCAGCAGAGGCAGAGCAUGAAUCGGAGGCCAAAGCGGAGGCGUUUCUAGAAGGAAGAACACCCAUCGAGGAGUUCCUGCGGGAAUACUUGGACCUGAGGAAGACAAUGCAUCUGAGACGAGCCAAAGAAGAGAAGCUGGACGACCUGCUGAAACGUGGAAUCCCUCUGAAAUGAUCAGAGAUGCGUUGGAGCAUCUCCAAGAAACCGAAAUGUUGCAGCUCUUUCAGGAACGCUCCAAUUGGUGCACCUCUGCAUUGUCUUUGUUUGUUUCCACUGUGUCUGGCUGGAGCAAACCAUUCCUGACUUUAAGCUGUUUCGAGUAGGAAAGGAUGGACUUUGUGUUGGUAUGUUCCAAUCACAUCCAAGCAUCUGACCACCAAUUGAAAUACUAAUCAUGAGGGAAAUGGUGAUUUGUCAUAUAUACUGGAUAGGCAUUGUGCAAAUUGUGCCACAGUGGCUGUGAAUUUUGUUUUCUUGUCGUGCUCAACAAAACUUUCCGCUCAAGUUCCAUUGUCUACAGUGCACUUAUUUUUUGUUCAGAGCAUAUUUCCUGUCUGAGCGAUGUCAGCCGCAUGCAAUGUUCUCAACAAUUUGGGGAUGUUUUGUUAUUUUUGAAUCCAAGGCUUAUGGAGACACAGGAGCCAUCAAAAAAAUUUUAGAGCCAUCACAUACGGACUUCAUGGCUUUGUCACAAGGGAGCACUCUCAGUCUGUACUCAGACGAGGCAGCAAUAUCCCAACGGUUUAUAAAAACUCCAAUCAGCUUGAAAUGUGUAGUUAAUAGUAAUCGUGUGUAGACUUAGAUGAAAUUUCCUUCUGGCAGUGUUCCCUUUUUUCUAACGUGUGCAAUAUCACCUGUGGCCUUUUAAAUAGAAAACUCAAAUUGAUUGCAAAAUGAAUGGACAUUUUUGAAACAUGGUCAACUUGAUCUCCUCACAGAUUUAGGUGACAGUGAAUCUAUAGAGACAGUGGUGUAGCUUGGUUGGGGGGAGAGGGGCAGUUCCCCCCUUGAAACCAUGUACCUCACAUAAAACCCCUAUCCCAGAUUCAGAUCAGCCAGUGGCACUGACAAGCCACUGAUCUUCUAUUUUCAUGCAUUGAUGUUUAGAUGUAAAUUCUAGACAACUUGUUAGAUGGAGUCAGACGUAUUGGUCUUAUUUGAUAAGCGAACAUGAGAAUUAGUUCCAUGUAGGCUACCUUUGGCUAAUUUUGCAGCUUUUCAAUAAGUGUGUUUAAAGUAUUUUUUUCGUUGCAUAACAGGGGAAAACAUCUCUCACUAUUUGGAAAAAAACAGACUUGAAAAAAUGAUCAAUUGUGUUAUUUUUUAAUUAGAUAGCAUGAUUGUAAAUGUGAUGUAUUGAUUUUUACAUGUUUAAACAUACAAAUGUUUGUAUUAUGUAUUAUAAGGACAUGUUUAAAGUGUAUGACUUAGGCUUUGUAGAUAAUGCCUGCAUUGCCAAAGAAAAAUCCAUGCAUUAAUCUGGAUUCUAGAUACGUGUAAUAAAUAUGCAUAAAGUACCCUUAAAAGGUUAAUGUGUCCCUUAAAUUGUAACACACAUUAAAUAAAAGCAAAAGCCUUAUGGUAUAAUA